CGUGAGAAAGUUGCCAUUGAGGUAAAGCAGAGCUGGACGGUGGACGGUCCCCGCCGCUGUGGGAGUUGUUGUUAUCAAAACUAACGACAUAUUUCCUCCCUUUUUUUGCGUGAAAUCUAUUUUUGGACGCAGCUUUGCAUCUGAACUGAACGGGGAAGUAAAUAUUUCAGUUUUUCUUAACCGCCGACUAACGACCGCGGCGAGUCAAGUGGGAACUCUUCACUGCAAUUAACUUGUGUGGAUUUGUUUCUGAUGCUGUGACAGAGACCGACUCUCUUUUUUUCUGCGGCUGUCUAUCGAGGGUCUACCGGCUUCAUUUGUGCCUUGUUUGCUCGCUCGUUUGGCGCUGGUUAAUCGGAAUAAUACACCGUAUCCUACACAAAACCGGAGUGACUGGGGUGGCUGCACUUUUUCUUUUUUUUUUUUCUUUUUUAAUUUCUCACCUGGUUCAUGCCCUCCUCUUCCUCCCCCUCCAGCUGCCUCCAGCUAAUGAGCCGUUUCCCGUGUUUUUCCGGUUGAUUUACCGACUCGCUCUACCGGUAGAGCGGUAGGAGGAGAGACAACGACCGAGAGACAGCCACCGUUUUAUUUCCCCCUUCUUCCUUCUUCUUCUUCUUUUUUAAAUUAACGGCAGUUGAUCCUAGCAACGGCGGCGGAUGGAUUCGUCUCCGUGAUCGGGACCUUUCUCCUUACACUGCCCUACUUUACCCCUCCUUACCGGGAUUUUAAGAAGGAAACGUUCGCAUCCCUCCCCGGAGAUAACGAUGUUUCCCCAGGGGCGACACCCGACGCCCCACCAGGCUCCAGGCCAGCCCUUCAAGUUCACCAUCCCAGAGUCACUGGACCGCAUCAAGGAGGAGUUCCAGUUUCUCCAGGCGCAGUACCACAGCCUCAAACUGGAAUGCGAGAAGCUGGCCAGUGAAAAAACCGAGAUGCAGAGGCACUAUGUCAUGUACUAUGAGAUGUCGUAUGGGCUCAACAUUGAAAUGCACAAACAGACUGAGAUUGCCAAGAGACUAAACACCAUCUGUGCACAAGUCAUUCCCUUCCUCUCACAGGAGCACCAGCAGCAGGUGGUUCAAGCUGUGGAGCGGGCCAAACAGGUGACCAUGGCAGAGCUCAACUCUGUCAUCGGGGUACGUGGACUGCCAGGUCUUCCACCUACCCAGCAGCACCUAUCCCAUAAUCAUGGUGGUGCCCCUGUCCCACUCACUCCUCACCCUGCUGGCCUCCACCCAUCACAGCUGGGUGGUUCAGCUGGUCUCCUGGCUCUGUCAGGAGCACUUGGUGGCAUUCCUCCCCAUCUGGCAGGAAAAGAUGUUGGCGAUAAAAAGUCUCACCUGUCUGGACCAGACUCGCACCCUGGAGGACCUGAUCACUUAAGGGAGCGAGAGCCCGGCACAAGUAACUCAUUGCUGCCAGAAAGUCUUAGAAACUCAGAUAAGCGACGCAACGGACCUGACUUUCAGAAUGACUCCAAGAAACGCAAAGUUGAAGACAAGGACUCCAGUCACUAUGAUAGCGAUGGAGAGAAAAGCGACGACAAUUUAGUGGUGGACGUCUCAAAUGAGGAUCCAGCCUCUCCUCGUGGCACACCUCUCCCAUCCCCGAGAGAAAACGGCUUAGAUAAAGCACGUCUUCUGAAGAAAGACCCGUGUAGUCCCGCCUCUACUGCAUCGUCAGCCAGCUCCUCCUCGCUCAAGUCUAAAGAGAUGACAAUGCGGGAUAAGGCAGGUACGCCUGGGCUAAAGUCAAGCACACCGACACCUAGAGGUGACUCCACACCUGGUCCAAGCUCCACACCUGGAAUCCGGCCAAGUUUAUCAAAACCCCCCUCCAUGGAGAUACCACAUCCACCUACUGCAGGUUUGCGAACACCUUUGGCUGUACCGGGCCCAUAUCCGGGUGCAUUUGGUAUGUUGCCCCACGGAGCAGGGAUGAACGGAGAGCUAGCUGGUGCUGCUGGGGCUGCAGCCUAUGCUGCUGGACUGCACAACAUGUCACCUCAGAUGAGCGCUGCUGCAGCUGCGGCCGCUGUCGCUGCAUAUGGCCGAUCACCCAUGGUUGGGUUUGAUCCUCAUCCUCACAUGCGUGUUCCUGGAAUGCCUCCCAGUCUGACAGGAAUUCCUGGUGGCAAACCUGCCUAUUCUUUUCACGUUGCGGCCGAUGGGCAGAUGCAGCCCGUGCCGUUCCCCCCAGAUGCUUUGGUGGGCCCAGGGAUCCCUCGGCAUGCCCGUCAGAUCAACACACUGAACCAUGGAGAGGUGGUGUGCGCCGUUACCAUCAGUAACCCUACGAGACACGUUUACACCGGAGGGAAGGGUUGUGUCAAGGUCUGGGAUAUUAGUCACCCGGGAAACAAGAGCCCUGUGUCCCAGCUCGACUGUCUGAACCGAGAUAACUACAUCCGCUCGUGUCGCCUCCUUCCUGACGGUCGGACGCUUAUUGUGGGAGGUGAAGCAAGCACGUUGUCGAUCUGGGAUUUGGCCACACCCACUCCCAGGAUUAAAGCAGAGUUAACAUCAUCAGCACCAGCAUGCUACGCUCUGGCCAUCAGCCCCGACUCCAAGGUCUGCUUCUCUUGCUGCAGCGAUGGAAACAUCGCGGUCUGGGAUUUACACAACCAGACACUCGUCAGGCAGUUCCAGGGCCACACAGAUGGAGCCAGCUGUAUCGACAUCUCAAAUGAUGGCACCAAGCUGUGGACCGGAGGCCUGGAUAACACUGUCCGCUCCUGGGAUCUGAGGGAGGGGAGGCAGCUGCAGCAGCAUGACUUUACGUCACAGAUCUUCUCUCUUGGCUACUGUCCGACCGGGGAAUGGCUCGCUGUGGGAAUGGAGAGCAGCAAUGUUGAGGUCCUUCAUGUCACUAAGCCUGACAAAUACCAGCUACAUCUACACGAGAGCUGUGUGCUCUCACUGCAAUUUGCCUACUGUGGAAAGUGGUUUGUGAGCACAGGAAAGGACAACUUGUUGAACGCAUGGAGAACACCCUAUGGAGCCAGCAUAUUCCAGUCUAAAGAAUCGUCUUCAGUGCUAAGCUGUGACAUAUCUGUGGAUGACAAGUACAUUGUCACCGGUUCAGGGGACAAGAAGGCCACUGUUUAUGAGGUCAUCUACUAAAAUCAUCAAAGGACAACGGGGACAUUUCUUCUUUGCCACACACCUCAUAUGUUUCAAGAGAUUUUCAUGUGGAACCAGAAAUCGCAGAGUGACCCUGAAAGGCGCAGGAUAAUGAACAUUUCACAAAGCACACGUCUGUUGUGCCUGUGAGCAAGACUCUAAUCUGCUGGGAAUUAACUUUAUGUGGAUGGAACUGGAGGAGGAACUAUUUGGAUGUUGGGCUCUGCUGUUUUCUGAGGUGGACUAAUUUGGGAUUAGCUACAGGGACCAGAUAAUGACCAAAGGAGACUCGGGAUUGUUUUUGACUCGAGCCAGCUCUUCAGAUGACACUGUGCUGAGCAUCAGAUAUUGAAACUCACUAAAGUCAGUGGUACAACCAGGCACAGAAAUGCGGAGACAGACUCUCAGACCCGCGGGGUGAUCGUAUGAGUUCGCAAAGACAGAGGAGACGAAGCAACAGCGGACGGAUGAACAUUUUAUAGACAGAGAGAGCCGAACAUGUCCAUUUGCGCUUCGUUUCCGACAAAUGAAACAUAGCCUGUUGAUCUCUCAGCAAUGACUCUUUGACCUUAGAACCUCAGCUCGCUGUUCUGAUACGCCUACACUGUCUGAGAAGUACCUUUUCUGUCUUAACAGUAAGUCCUGUCCUCACUAACUACACUGUAGUGGUAGCUGUCCACCUACACGCUAAACUUAAUACUUCAGAGACCCUUAUGGUUCAUUUUAAAUCAUGCUGAAGACUAUGCUGUCUAACAUUACGCUGCUCUUAACUUCUGUUAUGACUUAACUGACCCUCAUGUGUCCCCGUAGUUUUUAAUGAUUUCAGAGGGAAAAUGAUUCCGUGUGCUCUGUUGUGUGGAGAAAAAUGCGCUUUCAGACGUAGAUAAACCUCAAAAACAGGAGAAUGUAUUAACCAUAUUGUUACAGAAGGCUUAACUCUAGUAGACUUUCUGUUUCUUGUGAUCCUGCUUGAAAGACAAAUUAGUGGAAACCUUAACUAAAACAUUUCAGAGAUGGAAUUAACCUCAAAUCCUGUUAAUCUUCCUUUGUGUAAUAUUUUCCCCACUUGGAUUGCCAGAGAAAUGUUCACGUAAAGCUAUAUUUCAGCACAAAGAGGGGAGAGGGAAAGAUAUACCUUCAUACUGCGAUUUCCUUUAUUCCAUAUCCCUUUCUUCAUGUACUUGAGCAGCACAGUCGACAUGUUGAUGGCGAGCUCUUUAUUCUCACAGUUACUGAACUGACUUGAAAACCUUUCACAGAAGCAGCGUCUCUUCACUGUUCUUACUUCAGCUCACCCCAGCCCUGCCUUUAUCAUUGAACGUCUUAUCCUAUUCCCGGUUAAAUGCGCUUCCAAAAGAGAUGCCAACGAUGUUAACAUGGGAUUUUAUCCGCUUGUAUUUAGAGGAAGUUAGGAAAAAUAAAAAUAAAAGACUUUCAACCACAUUCUCUGAACAAAUCACAUAAUUCUUGCCAUCAAAUAUCUUCACUUGCUUAAAUUUUCUUGAAUUUUCAAAAGUAAAACGCCGUCAUGUUUUGUUUUUCUCAAACUUAACCAUACACCAUAAACUUAAUCAAGUCUUAUGGAGGAAGGCAGAGAAGGUCUGUUUCAGCUCAUUAAUGUCAUGUCUGUGCUUACACUAUUUUUUUCCCCCAGUUUUGUUUGUAAAAAAUGUAUAUACAUAUGUUUUUUUUUUCUUACAAGACAUGCUUUUUUUGUACGUCUUUUACAUGGAAAAGAAACGUCUAAUCAGGAGAAAUACUAAAUGGUCUUAAUGCUAGUGAAUCUAAACUGAUUUGAAAUGUCUAGACAAUAAAUGUGUUUUUUUUUGUAAA